AUGAGUGAGUUUUUAUUAUCUCUUCGAAACAGAGAUGAUUCACAAAAGAACCCGCUCGAAGAUGAUUUAUUUGUUCUUUCAAGCAAAUAUAUGAAAUUAAAGUCCGAAAACCAAUCACUUCAGCAACAAAAACAAGAAUUACAAGAUAAAUACAAAAGUUUAGAAAAAGGUGAUGCUACUGUAGGUGAAACAGACAUUAACGAAUUGAAGUCAAAGCUUAUUUCACUAUAUAGAGAAAAGGAAGCUUUAAGUACCAAUUAUAAGCAAAUUUUAGAUCAAAAGAACCAAAAGUUAAUGGACAAGAAGUUAGCAGAUGAAGAUAUUGCUCAUCUUCAAUCUAAAAAGAAGCAAAUUGAAGAAGAAAUUCAAAAUAAUUUUAAUACCAAAAACACUUUAGAAAAAGAAGUUAAGAGUGUCGAUGAUGAGCUUGCAGCAAUCUUGAAAGACCAAGAAAAAAUUCAAGUCGAAAUUGCAAGAGCUGAAAAUGAAACAAAUAUUUACCGAGAAAAACUCAAUGAGAGUAUGGCAUAUAUCAAAGAAGCAGAGAAUCACUCCUCCCAUAUGCCAAUGCAGAAAUUCCUACAUAAAUUCGAAGCACAUGGCUCAGGAAUCAAUGCAAUUGCAUUUGGACCUAACUACAAAACAUUCAUCACUGUUGGUGACGACAAAAAGCUUAUUAAGUGGAAUUUACCAAGUUUGUCUCAAGCAGUCAACAUUCCAACCGUAGGAAUUGUUAAUAACAUCAGAUACAGUGAAGAAGCUCAAGCUCUUUCACUUUCAUGUCAGGAUAAAGCAAUAAGAAUUUUAGAUCUUACAAACGACCGCUUUAAAGCAGAAUUAAAAACACAUUCUGAUCAAGCAACAGAUUCAUGCUGGAUUUCCAAGAUACAAUUACUCAGUGCAUCCAAGGAUCGCACUGUGAAGCUAUACGACAUAAACAGACUCGCUUGUAUUCAUACUUUCAUCACAAUUAGCUCAUCUUACAGUAUAACGCCAACUCCAGCAAAUAACCUUUACGCUGUUGGCUGUUUUGACCAGAAGAUCAGAUUUAUCGAUCCAAGAGACAGAAAAAUCGUAAAUACAAUUGAUCUCAAAUCCGGAGCUGUUUUGAGUAUCAUUCCAUCAAUAACAGGUGAUGUAAUUUACUCCCUUGGCCUCGGAGGAAAGCUUGUGGCCACUUCCGUGAAGACAAUGACUGUUAUGCAAGAAUGGAAGUCAAAUGACCUCGAAAUCAAGAACUACAACUCAAAGAUAUCGAUUUCACCAGAUGGUGGAUACGUUGCUGUUCCUUCUCAGAAGGGUUGCGCACUUCUUUUCGAUGUUUUGUCCGCAUCUAUGCCAAUUGUAUUAGAUCAUAAAAAAGAACCUGUUAUUUCAACUGCUUAUGCAGGAAAUAUGCUUAUAACAGGAACAGCUGAUAAGAAUUUGUACUUCUGGGUAUAA